GAUCACUUGAGGGCGACAUAAAGCUAACUAAUCAAAACUGUAAAUAGGUUGUGAAAAAUGUUUCUAUAACAUACGCACAACAGACACUGGUAACAGGUAUCGAUAACUGUUCACAAUGUCCGGGAAUUAUUACUUCGUUAUUGUUGGCCACAAUGACAAUCCAGUGUUUGAAAUGGAAUUGACUUCUAGAGCAUCAGAUAUUAAGAGAGAAGACCACCGGCACCUUAACCAGUUCAUUGCUCAUGCUUCACUAGACUUGGUUGAUGAACACAUGUGGAGCACCAAUGCUAUGUAUUUAAAAACUGUUGAUAAGUUUAAUGAAUGGUUUGUUUCAGCAUUUGUAACUGCGAGUCGCAUGCGAUUUAUCAUAUUACAUAAUGUUCGAAAUGAAGAAGGGAUUAAGUCAUUCUUUAAUGAUGUAUAUGAUGUUUAUAGCAAGCUUGUGAUGAAUCCAUUUUACAAAAUCAACACUAACAUAGAUUCGCCAGCAUUUGAAAAGAAAGUCAAUUUUUAUGGAAAACGUCAUCUUACAAAUUGAAAAUAUUAUGCAACAAGUGUUUCAUGAAGAAGUUUGUGUUGUUAACAACAUUUUUUCUGCAUGGUGAUGGAAUUUAAGACUCUUGUCAGCUUCUUAUUUCUUCAUUGCUAUAUUUUUUUUUAUUUGACUUCACCUUUUUACACAUGUUAUGUUUAUGGUGAAAUUGAUUGUUCUAGUAAAACUAACUUUGUGUACAUUGUUUAAAUGCAUUAUAUUCAAUAACUCUGGUGUGCAAUCAAAAGCUUUUAAUUGA